AUGUUAUAUGCUUACACUGUUGUUCGUAUAUACUCGAAAAGGGAGAUAUAUGCUGCAUUCUUGCUUGUCAAAAUCAACAGGAAGAAGGGUCAAAAUGAAGAAAAGCCUCUUUUCUCAAAUCCAGAGGCUGUAGGCCUCAUCAAAGUUCAAACUUUGAUGAACAAUGAUGAAUGUGCAUGGACAAAAACCUGUGGGACAUUUCAUGGUUUUCUCUCCUUUGACAUCUUGCUUUCUCCUCAAGAUCCUCUUGGUACGUGUUCUCCAAUUACUCCACAAUUUCGUAAUGAAAUAGAACAUAUACCAAUUCGAGAUGCACCCUUGCUCGGAAAACUCAAACCAAAUGAUUAG